UAUAAUUUUGUAUUUUUUUGUUUUUGCAUUAAAUGUUCUGCCCUUUCUUCAAAGGUAUACCACGCUCAAGACAUGGAGGAGACAUCGGCCACUUUUACCCCUUAUCUCCAGGACCAUAUAGUCCACUUGAAUAUGUGCAAUGGCAACGACAGCCCUUUUAUCCUUUCUCCUCAACAGCAUUGAGGUCACCGUAUUCCUCCCCUCUAUCCGUAAGUGCUGCCAGCAUACCUAGACUAACACCCACAGGUUUACCCCCUUCACAUCCAGCCAUGCAUCUACCUGGAAUGCCCCCUCAUGCAGCGAUUUCUCUUGGUGUGAAGCACGAUUUACAGCAACAUAGUAACGAUAGAGAAAGAGAGAAGGAGGCCCCACGGCCACCCGAAAAGAAACGUCCCCAUGUAAAGAAACCACUUAACGCAUUUAUGCUGUACAUGAAGGAAAUGAGGGCGCAAGUCGUAAAGGAAUGUACUCUGAAAGAGAGUGCUGCUAUUAACCAAAUACUUGGUAGAAGGUGGCAUGCUUUAUCAAGGGAAGAGCAAUCAAAAUAUUAUGACUUAGCACGUAAAGAAAGGCAACUGCAUAUGCAAUUGUACCCGGGAUGGAGUGCACGGGACAACUACGCCCUUGUCAGUAAGAAAAAGAAACGCAAGAAGGACAAAUCGCAGGGGGAUGGAUCAGGUUAGAAAUACAUUUUUCUU